AUGGGCAAGGGACUCAAGAAGCACCAGAAGCGCCUUAGCGCGCCUUCGCACUGGCUCCUGGACAAGCUGUCCGGAACCUACGCUCCCCGCCCCUCGGCCGGUCCUCACAAGCUUCGCGACUGCUUGCCGCUGAUCGUCUUCCUCCGCAACCGCCUCAAGUACGCCCUCAACUUCCGCGAGACCCGCUCCAUCCUCAUGCAGCGCCUCAUCAAGGUCGACGGCAAGGUCCGCACCGACAUGACCUACCCCGCCGGCUUCAUGGACGUCAUCACCAUCGACAAGACUGGCGAGAACUUCCGUCUCAUCUACGACACCAAGGGCCGCUUCACCGUCCACCGCAUCCAGGCCGAGGAGGCCGAGUACAAGCUCGGCAAGGUCAAGCGCGUUCAGCUUGGCCGCGGUGGAAUCCCAUUCUUGGUCACGCACGAUGCGAGAACCAUCCGCUACCCUGACCCCCUCGUCAAGGUCAACGACACUGUCAAGAUCAACCUUGCCACCGGCAAGAUUGAGGACUUCAUCAAGUUCGACACCGGCUCCAUUGCCAUGGUCACCGGCGGUCGCAACAUGGGUCGUGUCGGUGUCAUCACCCACCGUGAGCGCCACGACGGAGGUUUCAACAUCGUCCACAUCAAGGACGCCAUUGACAACACCUUCGCCACCCGUGAGUCCAACGUCUUCGUCAUCGGCUCCGAGAAGCCCUGGAUCUCCCUGCCCAAGGGCAAGGGUGUCAAGCUCUCCAUCGCCGAGGAGCGUGACCGCCGCCGCGCCAACGCCCUCGCCGGCAACUAA